UGACUGCUUCUGCCCUCAACUUCCAGGCGCCGAAUGUGAACCUAUACAUCCUAAUCUCCUUUCAUGCCCUCCAGUUGAGGCUCAUGCUAGAUCACUCGCUUGCAUAGCUCUGGCCAAAUCAUGGCUGAGGGACUGCUUGGAAACCCACAUGAAUUGCAAAGCCAAUGGACCUCUCGCCAUGCCAAAGCGAAUUCUUCGCGUAAAGUCAAGCCAUGAUCCGCAAGCACCUUUUCGGAUCCGCCUCAUGAACACCAAAAACACCAAGAUGGAGCGCUACGUUGCAUUAUCUCACUGUUGGGGACUAGAGCGAUCCCUUGCUACUGAGAGUACAACUGUGGAUUCAUGGAUGAGGGACAUUCCAUGGUCCCGGCUGCCAAAAACUUUCCAGCAUGCAAUCGAAAUCACUGCUUUACUAGGCUUUUCAUAUAUAUGGAUCGACUCUCUCUGCAUACUUCAGGACUCUCGACCUGAUUGGGAGGAACAAUCGGCCCACAUGGCAGCCAUAUAUGAGCAUGCUGUUGUCACAUUGGCUGCUGGGUCUGCUACUGGUGACACCGAGGGAUUUUUAAGACCAAGACCCAAGCUUCUGAACGGAACCGUAAUGUUCCAACCAGAAAAUCCAAACUUGUCGCCCAAACCGGUUGCGUUUCGACAGGCUUUAACCCAUCAUUUCCUGCCUUCGAUCGACCCCCUAGAGAAGCGUGCAUGGGCCUUUCAAGAACGCCUGCUAUCCACUCGUGUUUUACUAUUUUCCCUCCAUGAGCUCCGUUGGGAAUGCAACACUGUCGAACAGUGCGAAUGCAGGAGUUCCUGGGACGUCUCUCAUACACUAUUCAACGACCCUCAUCCUUACAGUCGGAAGCAUCUUUCUCAGGAAACCCCCCGGCAUAAGCUGCACAAGUUCUGGUAUUGCGAUAUCAUACCACGAUUUACGAAUGCGUCCCUCACCAAAGAAAGCGAUAAGCUCCCCGCGCUGUCAGGUGUUGUACAGGUUCUCAGUAAGCUGCUUAAAGAUCCAUACGUCGCUGGCAUCUGGAAUGACGGAUCAAUGAGAGGCUUCUUAUGGAAUACUGCGAAGCGGGAGAAUUGCUUUGUAAGUCGCACCUACCGUGCUCCGUCAUUCAGCUGGGCCUCGCUCGACUAUAUGGUUAGCUACAACCAUCUCAGAUCAAGCUUUGAAGAAAGAGAAGAUAUCACUUGGCUCACCGAAGUCGUUGAGAUUCGGUGUAGCCUAGCUGGACUGGAUCCAUUCGGCCAAGUGACGGACGGCUAUGCUAUUUUCGACGGUCCUCUUGUUUCUGCCUGGCUGCAUUUCCCCCCAGACAUCAAUGGUCUGAAUGUCACGUUCCAACCAGCAAGUUCAACAGCCGCAAAUGAAUACAUCAGCUUCCAGCCUGAUGUAACGCUCGCUGUGUCGCGCCUUUCUCCCAGUUUUCCAUGGCCCCUGACUGUUCAUCGAGCAGAGCAAGAUCCGGGAAGGAUUGAGGGGAGCUAUUGCUGUUAUCUAAUGCGUCUUUGUACGAAGGGAGGUGGGGACUACUGCCUAGUUCUUGGAGCGUCGCUGCGAAAGCCGGGAGCGUUUGAACGGCUUGGGUUCCUGGCUAGACUCUCUCGUCUUGGAAUUGAGAAUGAUAUAAUUCAUAAAGGCUUCAAGGGCGCCACGAAGACACGGUUGACUAUCGUAUGAAAGGAGGAGAGGGACACGGGCAGAGAUGACAGCAAAGGCCCGCGCUUUACGUGACUGUAUGCAGUCAUCUCUCUCUAGUCGAGUUUGCUAUCUUAGCUUGAAAGCGAAUUGUUGAGUUUUUACUAUGGUACCCGGGGUAAGUGUUGUGUGUGGAGCGUGCACGCAUUCACCUUGUUAUUUUCAAGGCACCAAUCAUAGUGAUUCCUGAGCAUUUUAAUACAUAGAAAAGAGGUUGUGAUUGGUGCCUUUAGAAUAGAACGGGCCACUGGCUAGCGGCGAUGAUAGCGCAGGGCUA